CAGACAGUCGGAUUUAAGCACCGCCCGCGCAGUAUGUUCGAGAGAAAUUAGGCACUUUACUCGAGGCGGCAGUUGAAGAAACCUCAGCGGAACUUUCGAGUAGACGCGCGCUUAGUGCGCGGCACAACCCGCAAUCAAACAACGGCAGGCACUAUUUGUCGGAAAAAAAGUCAACUCAAUUUUUGCAAAAGAAUCUCCCUUUAGUUCGUUUUUCGUCAAGUCAAGGAGCGAACUGGACAGUUGCUAAACUCGCUGUUAAUAAUUUGUCUGAUCCGAAGAAUGGCAUCAAGGAAGCCGAACGACAUGUCUGGGGGUGUCAAUCUCCCACUCACCGCUUUGCAGCAGCUGGCUCCGCCCGUGCGCCUGAUGUCCGCCGCCCUCUGGAAGGUCAUGAAACAGCGGGAUGUCGCGCAGUAUGGGGUCCUGGCGGAGUUUGUGGAGUCCACUUGCGACACGGUGCCAGGCUUGCUCACUCUGAGGCACCAGGCCAAGCUCGCCUUGGGGCUGAGAGCGCGGCUAAUCUUGGAGCUCCUGCGUGUCGCCCAACCCGAUAGCGGCGUCAUCGGGACCCAAUUGAAAAAGAUCCGCGCUCCUUCUCGACCGUCCACCUCUUCGGCUCCUACCGCGAAGACGGACGUCAAGGUGAAAACAUCGGUCGAGAGUUUUCACACGUUGGUCCAUGAACUGCUCACUAACCAGGUUGCAAAAGAGGAGUUUUUCCAGGAGGAGUUUUUCGAGGGCUAUGGUCCUUUAUUCGACCAGUCGAUGGAGAAGCUACUGUGGGAGUUUCUGGUUCGGUUGGAUCAACUUCUCCCGGUGCCCAGCCUUUCUCAGACGGUGUCCUGGCUCAGUGAGACUCCCGCCGUCUUGGAAGAGUGCGCCCAUGCCGCCAGCCAGCAGCAGCUCCUGAAAAUUUUGCUUGACCAUGAAGCCGGUCUUGGGCAUCUCCACGCCGCAGCACCCCUCCCACCAAACAUGGGUGACUCCAUCUUGACAUCCCUCUCAUUACCGCUCUCCGGAAAAGUGCCCUCAAAUCGGCAACGAGGCCCCGGGUCGUCCUCUUCCAGCAAUCAGGCUGCUCAGAGAAAAGACGAAACGCCCUCCGUCGCCCCCGCGGUCUGCCGUCUGAUACCCGCCAAUGACGACGUGCCAGCAAUGAAGAGGCCCAAGCAAGAUGGCGGUGUGCUAACCAACUUGAAGCCAUGGAACGGUAACCGUAACCAGGAGGGCAGCGACGAGGGAACGCUCACGUCCCAAAAGCAUUGCCCCAGCAUGGCGGCCUGUCUGCGCCGCCAACCAAGAGUCGUGAUUCGGAAACUGCAGCCCUCCGAGCUAUGUCGAGGAGUGUCUUCUUGCAGAAAAGCAUCCCUCGCCCCAAGCUCGGGUGACUCCACCUUGACACCCCUCUCUUUACCGCUCUCCGGAAAAGUGGACUCAAAUCGGCAACAAGGCCCCGGGUCGUCCUCUUCCGUCGAUCAGGCCGCACAGAGAAAAGACGAACUGCUCUCCGUCGCCCCCGCGGUCUGCCGUCUGAUACCCGACAAUGACGACGUGCCAGCAAUGAAGACGUCCAAGCAAGAUGGCGGUGUGCUAACCAACUUGAAGCCAUGGAACGGUAGCCGUAACCAGGAGGGCAGCGACGAUGGAACGCUCACGUCCCAAAAGUAUUGCCCCAGCAUGGCGGCCUGUCUGCGCCGCCAACCCAGAGUGGUGAUUCGGAAACUGCAGCGCUCCGAGCUACGUCGAAGAGGAGCGUCUUCCGACAGGCUGAGGAGGAAUGACAAUAAAGAGAAUCGUCUCAAAGAAGUAAGCGGAGGUGCCCUGUCGUUCCCGCGCCAGUGGAGCAGCGCAGAAGCGCUGGCCCCCUCCGGCGAUGACUACGUAGCUGAUUCCGAGGACGAGGCCACUGAGCGGCUGUUUAUGAAGCGUUACUCCAAAACCAAGCACGGCACGUAUUUCCCCACCUUGCGGGAAUUCUUGAAGCUGGGAGCCGCGCCGUGCCAUGUGAUGGCCAAUGAUAAAAAUGACAUUUGACCAUGUAAAAUAGAAGUCAAGUCAGACAACGUCUGGACUGGACACGAAAAAAAUCAUUCAUAUUCCACAAAUGCAAUAGUCAUCAGAAUGCCGUUUUUACACAAGGGGAGCUGCAUAGAACAUAUUAGAAAUACAUUUUCUGACUUGACUUGACUUUUUAAGUAUCACAUGACUAAUAACUAAACUGUGACUGUUGUUUCUGAAUAAAUACUGAGUUUGUUCA